AUGAUUCAAGUUGGACUCCUAAAUUUCUAUAGGGAAAGCCCCGUAUUCAAUGUCCUUCAGGGCAAGGUUAGAAUAUUCGACUACUUGAACAAGUUGUUGUUUUCUAAAAGGCUAUUAUUCACUAAACCUGGAGCCUUUGACUUCGGAGGAGCUAAAACGAUAGCCACUCCAUGUGCUGCUGAUGACCUCGACCUUUUCAACAGCUAUUCUAGUGAGCAGAUUGAAUUCCAGGAUUUCAAGACUCAAGAGAGCGAGCCCCUUAAUAGCAACUUGAGCUAUUACCCUUACACCGGAGGUGAAAAUGGAGUGGCUCCUAGUCACCAGAACUAUGGUAUCACUGCCCCAUUGCCAGCACAGGUUGUUGAUCAACAACAAAAUCACACCCAGGCUCAACCACAAGCAGAUGUUUACCACCACCACACAAGCGCUGGUGCCGUAUCUAUUCCUCUGUCUCAGUACAAUGUUCAACAUGAGCACCGUCACGAAGUUCAUCACAGUGCCCCAAUCUCAACCAACGUCAACUCACAGCAACAGGAUUACGAGCAGAUGCACUUCAUCGACUCGUCCCUUCCAGGCUCCAUUUCACACUUCAACUUAAACAUGAACCACACCGAUCUCAUCAACGAUCAAUACUUCAACGACUUCAAACCAACUUUAGAUUCGAGGGACUCAGAAUACCAGUCCAUUUACGGAUCUUCAAGUGAAAGCUAUGUGAGUCCUUUGGACGAUGAAUUUUUCAAGAAAUUAAGCCCAGAAAGCAUCCCCACUGGAAUGAGUGAGGACCCACUUCAAGCAGUUGAAUUUGAUGGUGCAACUGCUUCCAACAAAAAGAGAACGUUUGAAAUCACCCACUCCCCAAAUGUAAAUUUCUAUGAUGUAAAUUCUAUCUUCAAUGAUUACUUGAUUGAUAACUCAAGAUACAACAACAAUAAUAAUAAUAAUAGAGGCAACAGUAACAAUUCCGUACUGGUUAAGCAAGAAUCUGAAUCUUACAGGAUUCCAAUAAAGCAGGAACAGACACAGUUCCAAGCACAAGGUCAUGAACAUGGUGCUUCCCGUCAAUUGCAUAGCAACUCAAUCGAUAGAAACGAAUCUAUCUCAUCUACUGCAUCAUCCAUGUCAUCAGUAUCUCUUCCAAUCUCAAAGAAAAUGAGAAUAGAAUCUGACUUGACAGAUGCCAAGUACAAAUGUCAUUACUGCGACGCCAAAUUUAAAGUCAAGGGUUACUUGACCAGACAUUUAAAGAAGCAUAACUCAUCUAAGGCAUUUGUAUGCCCCUUCUAUCAUGAAUCUCCAACCAACCAUUGCAACCCAUCCAAGAAGAAUGUAGUUGCUGGUACCAAGUGUCACCCAACUGGUGGUUUCUCCCGUAGAGACACAUACAAGACCCACUUGAAAGCAUUACAUUUCAUCUACCCUCCAGGAACAAAAUCUAACGAAAGGAACAAAAUUGGAGGAAAUUGUGCUGGGUGCUUUGUUUAUUUUGAUAAUAACCUCAAAUGGUUGGAAGAUCAUAUUGAAAAGGGAAUGUGUUCAAAAAUUGAAAAAAAUUAG